ACUUGUGUACAAUCCACUGCAAUAACCACCUCUUGAUCAGAAAAAAAGCAGAUUUUCAAUAUAUGUCAGUGUACAUUUAAAAAACGUCCUGUUUUAGACUCGUAAAUAUUGGCCUGGCUCAAAUACAGCCCAAAGCCUUACUCAAUCACCGCUUAAGACCUUACACCCUGGAACUUGGGCCAAGAUUUUUUUCGGGGGGUUGUGGAUUACACAUGAUCAUGGGAGAGAAUCGAUUUGAAAAUAUGUUUCACUAAACAGUUUAACUCUUAUUAGAAUGUCUUUAGAUUCCGUGUAUAGGUAAUGCUGGGCGUCUCCUGGUCUCAACGCUAUGGCUUUUUUUCUUCAUUUGAUUAUAUUUUGUCUGGUUCUUUUUCUAAUUCUUUCUGCUCCAACGAAUCAGGAGAAAGCCCAAAAUGAAAAUUAUCAGAACGUUUUGGAUGUCAACAAAUUCGGAAAUGGUUCAAAAGAGAAACUAAGCCAUAGCAUGAUCAACAACCUCACAAUGUGUGAACGUAACAUUAGUUUCAACCAAACAUUGAAUGAACGAUGCAUAUGUGUAAGCCAAGAAUUGUGUUUGACAUUGAAUCCUGUAACAAAUGACAGUCUAAAUGAGAAUUUUUUUAAAGCUGUAAGUUUUCUUGAAGACUUAGAAAAAAAUUUAAUUUCAUUAGUGACAAUGAAAACUGUACAAAGCAAUGAUGAAACAGACCUGUCGCAUAACAAGAGAGUCAGUGGAAGAUUCAAAGUUUUUUGCCAAAACAGUGGAGCAAUAAAUCUAAAGACUCGAAGAACAGUUUGUCAUUCUCCGUUGCCUACAAGAGGUUUUACAAUCGAGCGUUUUCAUGAUAGAAACAGUCUUAGAUCAAACAUAACCUAUGAAUAUAGUUACCAUGAUAAAACGACCCAAACUGUAGUCAAGGCCGUAUUGUAUUUACUUACAAUUUUGAUGAUUAGUAGACGAAUUAGUUUUAAAGUUAAACUUUCUGAAAACAAAAAUCCAAGUCUAAUUUCUUUCACUUCUCACGAUAAGUUUGUAGAUCUAGAUAUUUAUUCAAUGCUCAAGUCUUACACAGACAAGAAGAUAGACAUUUCUAGCAUAUUCAAAGACUCAGAUGCAUCAUUGUUUGCUUUGAAAACUCGCGCUUUUUCCUAUUUAAGAAAUUGUUUUGCCUACCCAGUAUUUAACAUGGCUAGAUUAGCUUCAUACCGCCACAUCGCUUCAGCCCAAAGCCCCGUUUCAUUUGUUGAGCUGUCAGAAGCAGGAUUUCGAUACUCUGGACAAGAGAGUAUUGUCUGUGAGAGUUGUCUCAAGUCCAACCCUCUAAUGUCCGUUGUUAGCAGUCCUUCUAACGCUGUGUAUCAUAGUCAGGGAUGCGUCAGAAUUAAAAGUGCAACAUCCACUGAAGAGUCACCUGAUAGAGGUGCCUCAUGUAUAGAUUCAACGGCAACAAACCAGCAAGAAACUGUUUCGUCCUUUACAUCAAGUAUUGGAGAGUUAUUACCAACAGUUCUGGCCUACUUCCAAGAGCUUGCAAAUGAAGUACAAGAAUAUAGUUUCAAUGUUCCUAGAUCGAUUAACACUGAUCUAUUUAGAAAUCAGUUUUCAAGAAAUGCUUGUAACAGAAAUAGUGCAGCCCAUGCUAAAUACUUUCCACUAGAGUCAUUAAACAUUCAAAGUCUGCCCCGAGAAAACCAAGAUGAAUUGGUCUUUCAAUUAGUAAAAAUCCUGGCCAAACUUACAGUGAAAAUAGAAUGCACAGAGAACAACACUUGUGGCAGUGGCUAUAUAGUGAACUAUGCCUGUAAAGAAUUGUCCACAAACGAACUCCAAGCUGUACCAUCGUUGAACGGGAAGCUUGGAGACUUGGUACAUCAACAAAAGUUGGGAGUUAUUUAUGUCCAGACCACAAGUCAUGUGGUAUUAGAUGGUCAGGGUGUGGUCAGGGAUACAGAAGUAACCCUGUCUCUUGAUAAUAAUAUUUACAAGAAUGUUAAGCUAAGUGGGAAAAGUGUAUUGUUCCACAGCAAAAAGGGGAUAUUCCAAUCUAUUUUAAUUUGUCUGACACCAGAUUUGAAUAUUAUUAGGACAUUAGAUAAAUUGCAGAAUGAUUUAAUAGAUCAUGUUAAAAGAAUACCGAAUAGUCUGAAAGAAUCAAUGUCGCAAUCGGUUUAUGUGAUUAGCCAUCCUCACGGGGAAGAAAAAAUGUUGUCUUUUGGGAAAGCACUACCCAGAAAUUACAUUAUUUUUAGCGACAAUGAGAGAGGAGAUUGUUUGGUAGAACUGAAAGAUCCGCUGAAAACAUCUGACUUAGAUGAAAACAAACGCACCGCUCUGGUGUAUGACUCCCUAACGUGUAACGGAUCAUCUGGAGCUUUGGUCAUAACAUUUAAGCGGUCAUCCGACAGCUCAGAUUGGCGUUUGGACAUCUGGACACACAAUGCCAUCAACGAUUUAGAUGAAAUGGGUGUAGCUGCUCCAAGAGAAUAUCUUCUUGUGAGUGGAAGAUCGAUAACCAGAAGUCAAGAUGGAGCUUCUAAUCUGCCUGCUCCAAAUGUUCUAUCGUCUGCUGGAGUACCUCCACCACAAUCAUUGAAUGGUGAUUUCCCUUUGUAUCCAAUGUAUUCCAGAUUACAGAAGAGACGUGAGAGCUUGCAAAGUUGGAUGUUUUCAAAUAUUUUAGAUCCCAACAUGUUGGCACAGAUAGGAUUUUUCUAUGCAGGAUAUGGGGAUUGUGUGCGUUGCUUUCAGUGUGGAUUAGGUUUGAGAUCAUGGAAGCUGGGAGAUGAUGUAUUAGUGGAGCAUACUAAAUUCAGACCAUCAUGUUCUUUGCUUCAGUCCAUUUUAGCACGGAGAAAUAGCAACUCUACCAAUGAAGAUCAGUCACCUGCACAGACUGCAGCACCAUUGAAUGACAGCAAUGGUUUGGACACUCCGAAGUUUCAAAUGCUACUUGCACCUAGGUCUACUCAGAAUACAGCAGUAAACACAGAACAACCAAGUUCAACACAGAGUAAUGCCAUCGGACAGAGCAGCCUGCCAGAAGAUAAUACACAAGACGUUAUACCAGCUGCUUUCACUAGUGAAGGAAAUUUAACCAAUGUGUCAUCUAAUGACCACUAUGAGGGACAAGGAUUAGAAACUCCAACAACAUUAUCCCAAGGAAAUCAUACAAGUGCUAAACAAGUGACUGUAUCACUGUUAAAGAAAGAAAAUCAAAUGCUUCAUAAGCUCCUCUCCUGUAGGAUGUGCAAGCAAGCCCCCAUCAAAGAAUUGUUUCUGCCCUGUGGUCACCUGUAUGCCUGUAGUGAAUGCAGUCAAAAGUUACGUGAAUGCCCAGCAUGUCAGAAAAGAAUAUUAGGCACCGCCACUACAUUUUUUGCUUAGUAAUUUAUUAUGUAUUACAUAUUUUAAAUUCCAAUUGUAUUUCUAUUUCAUAGAUGCAUGUUAAUGAUAUUUAUAUUUAUGGUAUUUAAUUAGAUGUUUAUUCAUCAAAUAAAUAAUACAUAUUUCUGGCAAAUGCCUGAAAAAGUAUUCUUUUUUCAUAUACUAAUAAUUAUUAAUAAGCUAUUAUAUGACUGUGUCUAAGUGUCGUACCUAGUAUGUAUCCUGUUUUUUUCCUUUUAUUCAUAGUUAUUAUUUUUAUUAUUAUUAUUAUUGUUAUUAAUUGAUAAUUAUUUCAUUGUUUUACUAUUGAUAUUUCUUUUUAAGCACUUGAGCUUCUAGAAUAAAAUGAAUUGUUUCAAUCAUGAUUUCAUGUGCCAGACAUGCAUUUGGUUUGGGUCUUUGCAUAUUGCUGAGACAUUCUUAGUGAACUUAAUUAAUACAUGUCUACAUGUUCUACAUACACAUUUGUUAUUGGACAAAGAAAUGAGUAACAAAAUGAGUAACAUAAUAAUAAAAGUAUUAUAAUGAUUUCAGACAUUUGAUAUUUACAUCACUUAAAAAUGAAAUGAAAAAAUAAUAAUUUUUUUGAAAAAUGAUGUCUACUGUAGAUUUUAAGUAAACAAAAACAUAAACACAAGCAUGCCAGAUAGUCUGAAAAUCAAUGAAAUAACAAUUCUUACACCGUAAACAAAAUUACACAAUAUUCUUAAACAGUAACAGAGGUUAAUGUCAUGUUAGUUUUAUUUUUAUAUACAAAACAAAAAGUGACUUAAUGCUAGACUUAAAAAUGAGUUUUUUGAUGUUUCUUUCUCAUCAUUGUACACUUUUCACAGUACCACUGGAUUUAUAUGGAAACAAUUUUUAUAGUGCUCUAUCUAUGUCCCAUUUAGGAAUAGAAACAAAUAUUUACCAUAGGAUGAAUAUCAUCAGGGUAAAAAUAUACACACUACCUGGAAAUCAUCAGAGGCUAUUUCUUAUUUAUAAAAGUAAUCAAAUAAAUACAUACAAAUGCAUUACUGAUUUUAAGAUGUACCUGUACUCAGUCCAAAGAUCUCCAGAUGAGGGCACACUUUUCCAGAGUAACCAAUAACAAAGGACCAGUCAAUAACAAGAAAAGUGUGAAUGCUUCCCACAGUAUAGAGAGGCAAGUUCCAGUGGUCAAGCUGGUAUCUCCUGAAAGUGGUUAUUACACAGUCUACGUGGCCUCAUAUACCAUUUUUAAAGGAAAUUACUCCUGCCGUCACAAUACCAGAAAUAGCUAACUCCUUUUGGAAAUGUUAAUCUUAUUGCCAUUAAGUGGAAAGAAGCAAGUGGUCUAUCUGAGCUCCAUGGGGUGGUUCAAACCCUAGAUCCUUAGGUUAUACCUUUUGAGUGACAAACAUUGUAAGCACAACGAGAUGAGAAAACUGAAAGCUCCAAUUAUUUUAGUUGCCAGACUCUGAACCUCUAAGGAAAUGCAAAAACGAUAUACCCUGCACAUAUGUUUGUGUUUAAAACUUUGAAAUAUUUGUCACAAUGCUAAAUAAAACAAAACAGUCAUUAAUGUUGAAACUUCACUUAUAAAAUAUUUAUACUAUCUUUGAUAUUACUAUUAGUUUUAGCAACAUGCAAAUAGAAUUUAAGGCUUUUAAAAUAUAGUGUCGUCAUGUUAGUAGCAUGACUGAGUAUUUUUGAACCAAUAAAUUUGUGUUGGAAUUUU